UUAUUAUUAUUAAUCCAUUUUGCUAGUGUAACACGAUCAUGAUCUUCCCGUGCAAAAUAGCACACGCAAGUGGCCAGUACAAGAGCUUUCAACAAACGAGCUCCACUGCGCUAAGGAGCUCAACGUGAUGUCAUUUGUGCCGCAGCUGUCCCAAGCUCCAACCUCCACCGCGAAUCGAUUGGCAACCCAAGAAGCAAUUGACCACGCGUACCUGUUAGAAAUAGCAUAUACGCUUCACAAUUUAUCUUAACAACCUUCUGCAAUGUCCUUCAGAGCUCCUAUCCGACGUAUUGCCCUCGCCAGGCCUGCUUUGGCUGCGCGGGGCUUCCACUCAACCCCUCGUGCUUUUGUCCGCGUGGGCCAAGAGAUUCCUAACCUUGACGUCCUUCUGGAGGACUCGCCCGGUAACAAAGUCAAUCUCGCGGAGGAGUUCAAGUCAGCCAAUGGAUACAUCGUCGGCGUUCCUGCUGCCUUCUCCGGAACGUGCUCCAGCAAGCACAUCCCCUCUUACAUCAACCACCCCAAGCUCAAACAGGCUGGCCAGGUCUUUGUUGUAUCUGUCAACGAUCCGUUUGUCAUGAAGGCUUGGAGCGAGCAGCUCGACCCCGCCAAGCAGACCGGUAUCCGAUUCCUUGGUGACCCUACUGGUGAGUUCACUAAGGCCCUGGACCUUGGCUUCGAGGCGUACGAGGUCUUUGGUGGUAUGCGAGGAAAGCGAUAUGCCCUCAAGGUGGAGGAUGGCAAGGUCAGCAAGGCGUACGUGGAGCCUGAUAAUACUGGUAGCGCUGUCUCCAUGGCAGAGCAAGUGCUCGACUAGAUUAGCCUAUCUCUAUAAAUCUGGGUGCAGUGUCCUGUAGGCGUUGUCUCAAACACCUUGAGAGCAUCUCGUGAUCCAAAUAUAUCACUACAGUACUCAUAGGGAUUCAUAUCUCAAUCACCCAAGUUCUUUUGACUUUGACACUUCCCCUAUUAUCAUCAUGGCCUGCUCGUCUAAUCAUCUCGAUCCGCACAAAUAUCAACCUCUUAGCAAAAUCCUUCCUCGAUCUUGUCACAUAUCGAUUUGACAUGAAUAAAAGGGCGCAGACUACCUUUGAAGAGACCUUCUUGUCAGUGUUUUGCUUCUGGUACGAUACUUUGCCUGUGAGAUGGGCUUCCUGGUCAACGAGCCACGGUUUCAGACUCUUUCAACAACAUUGCCAUCGCUUCCAUGACCAUCAUGCGUCCCAAUUCUUUUACAGCCACAGUUUUUUGAACUCCCGUUUGGCCAGCAGAGUAAGUUGCUCAGUGUCAGUACCAUUCCAUUUCAUGUAGUAGAUGUAUUGUCAUAAUUUUACCCCCGCUAACCCCUCACCUGUGCAAACCUCAGCUAAUACGCAAAGCUCAUAUCCACACGUUUGGUCUGAGCCUUCUGUCUCUGAUUCAGAUAUAUUGCGACGCAAGCCUGGUGAAGGAGCUGGUCGUUUCACUUGUCCAGUGAUAGGAAAGGUGGCGGCAUAAGGAGGUGCAAAGUUUCGAGCGCAGUCCUUGGAUAUCACGGGUUUCAGCUGCUGGGUAAAGGUUAAGGAUCCUCCCGUGGCUGUGGCUGUGUAAACGUUCUCACAUCUCAUUUGCUUUUGAAGAUCUUUGAUGUCACCUGCGAACUUCAAGAUGGCGUGUCAUUACACGAGACUCUGUUGCGAAUGGUACAUUUCUGGCUAAGAUAAUACUAUUUUGUUGAAGCCAUUGCUGGUCAUAGCUGUCCUGGGGGUUGACCGUCAUAACUCGGCGCGAGUAUGGAAACUCUUAGCGGUGGUGGCAGUGGACGAUUCAACUCAUUCUCGCGUCUAUUGAGUUGGCUUACCACUCACAGCGCAUCACAUUUGGUACUGUCAAUGACAUCACGCAUACAGCUCUACGUACCCAGCAGCAUUAUACAGUUCCAAGGUGGCUGCUCCAACGACAUUUGCAAUCACUCAUUUCUUAGUCAACGACAACUGUUUGAUUACAGUUCGUGUUGAUAUCAGGUUCGGGGAGGGGCCAGGAGUCUUCCGGUGUGUACUACCCUAUAGUUGCCACACGACCAAAC